ACCGAUACGCCCAUAUAGUGAAACACAUACAGCGAUAGACAGACAUGGCAACUGUUUCUGUCGGUCUUCCUCAGUGAAAGGGUUACAUCAAUCUUGUAACACGAUUAAGAAGUGUUAGGAUCUACACGGACAUAGAACAACCGAACCCUUGAACCCCUGACCCCGACGCGGCUCGCCAACGAGAGCAAGAGUCAAACCCUGCUAAUUCAAGGUACACCAGACGCUGGAUCUCCAUAACGAACGUUUCCACUCUGCUCAAGUUUCUGCAAGGGUUUCUCAACGAAGUUCUCACUUCUGUGUCCAUGAAGCGCCUUCGCUGGUGUCCUUCCUCAAGAGAGGAACUUGACAAUGCUGAAAGGAAGAUUUUUUCCUACAUGAAAAAGAAGUACCAGUCACGCUAUGUGGAAGUUGGCUGGAUAGGAGACAGUUCGAGUCCGUGCAGACUGUGGACGGUUACCAUGGAUCCCUCAGAACCUCCCCAAGGCGCGGAGUCACCGUUGCCUCUGGUGCUCUUGCAUGGUCUGGGCUGUGGUUCAGCUCUCUGGGUCAUGAACUUGGAAGCUCUCUCACGGCGGCGCGUCGUCCACUGCAUAGACCUUCUGGGAUUCGGACGCAGCUCUAGGCCCGCACUGGGAGAUGACGCCUGGCUCAUCGAGCAACAGAUGGUCAACAGCAUUGAGAUGUGGCGGCAGAAGAUGGGCCUCGAGCGAUUCGUUCUGGUAGGCCACAGCUUGGGCGGCUUCCUAUCAGCGUCCUACAGCUUGCAGUACCCUAGUCACGUGGCACAUCUUGUACUCGAGGACCCUUGGGGAUUUCCCGUGUUCGACCCUUCUCGACAACGUCCAAGCAAGAAAUUGCCCUUUUGGGCUCCACCAAUCCAGCAUUUCUUGAACCAUACCAAUGCCUUCUGGGGAGUCAGAGCAAUAGGGCAUCUCGGUCCUAUCGUUCUUGGAAAGGCUAUUAGUGAAGCAGACGUUUAUUUUGGUCACUUUGUGAAGGAGAAAGGGGCCAUUCCAAACUAUGCGUACCACUGCAACGUCAGGCGGCCUACGGGAGAGGAGGCCUUCAGGAAAUUAUGUGUUUUCUUCGGUUGGACAAAAAACCCUAUGAUGCAUCGCUUCCUGCAACUGUCUCCAGAGGUUCCGGUGACGUUCCUCUACGGUGACAAAUCAUUCAUCACUCGUUCACCAGCAGUGUUUAUUAAGAAACAAAGAGAGAGCACUGCCUAUGUUGAACUGAAGGUCCUGAAAGACUGCGGCCACAACGUGCACAUGGAAAAGCCUGAAGAGUACAAUGCAAUCGUUGUCAAAGUCUGUGAUAUGGCGGACGCUGAGCGCAAGAAAGAGAUCAUCGCUGAAAACCACGAGGUUGCACAAACAGAAGUGACGGUCAUGCGACAACUAUAGUCGUGUGUAGUCUAAGUACGGUACCUUGUGUGUGUGUGUGCACCCAUGUUAACAGCGUGACCAACAGCGUGACCAACAGCGCUUGCAAAGCGUAACACGGGAUGCGUGGCCUCAAUGUCAGCAAGGGAGAGCGUUCUUCCAUAAUGCAGAUCUCAAUGUCGUUCUUACACUGAACACGGCUAUAGUCAUGCAAGUUGGCUGUGCCAUGCGUUUUUAUGCCUUUUCAAUUCAUGUGUACAGUGCUCCGUAUGACACUCUUGGACAAACGUGAAGCAGUGUCACUGAGUUUGUCCACUUCAUAGUGCACUUGUGCUUGCUGUUUUAUCAUUAUCAGUCUAUCUCGUUUUUAGAUGUAUUAUCGUGCGAGUUGAUCUCUUACAGUACGCAUUAUAAUUAGAAACAUGCCCUGGAGAAAGAAUAUGCUGUAGAAGCGCUGUUAUAUGACGAGAGUCACGUAUAGUGCAAGAUUCAUAUCCCGAAUAUUUAUUCAGGUUCCGGAACUUAGACAGGCCUUGUUGACCGCCAUGCACUGCAAGAAAGUGCAAGUACAAUAAAGUUAUGGUUUGCUUCAAAUAA